UACUGGUUAGUUUGUUCUAACUGUCAGGAAGUUUCUCCUUAGUUCCAGGUUGCUUCUCUCCUUGGUUAGUUUCCAUCCAUUGCUUCUUCUCCUGCCUUCAGGCGCUUUGGAGGAUAGCUUGAGAUAUUGGACUACAGAAUCCGAAUCCUUCUUCUUGUUUUGCUCUGAUUUCGGGGAUCGGUUUCAGUGUCAAUUUGCCACCACCACCACCCCGCAACAGAGAAGCUGUAAAGAGUUUAAAACCCACAAACUGUCAGCCGGACUGAACUAUAAGCGUCACUCAGGCCCUGACUCAAAUUGACAGGGACAGGUUGCUCUCUGCGAAAUAAUCUCUUUAUAUAGCAGCCGCCCAUCUUCAAAGUCGUUUCUUUGUCCCCUGUCACAUCAGAGGGCCGUGUGUAGCCGGACUCUAGACCCACACCAUCUGUGGGUCUUUUUGCAGCCCAUCUGGCUGUCUUCUGAAGUUUUUUUUCUUUUUUCUUUUUAAUUCGUCACUGGGGGGGGGGGAAUCUUCCCGUUUCAGGGAUCACCGAGAGGUUGCGAUGAAAUUCGCCGCCCAGCUGUUCUAUUCCACAGGUUUAAAACAUGGAUUAUCCAGGGAAGAGGGCGAAGAAGAACGAGAAUACGAUCCGUUCUGGGAAAGGUUGGACUAAGUUGCCCUGUGAUGUAGAACGUAGCGUGUUGCUUUCUUUUUUUUUUCCUUUAAAAAAAUGAUGGACAGUCCCACCUUGGUACCUGCGGCCAAAUCCGUGGCUCUUCCCUCCCGUGGACCCCACCUGCCUUCUUAUAGUGCAGUAGUUGGAAUGCUAGUUCGCUUCUUCCUUUAUUUCAUUGCUGUACUUUAUAGCUCUGGAAAGAUGUUAUUUGCAAAAAAGAGUGGCGAAAGCAAACCCAAAAAGCUAACGGCAUCCACCACCUCUGACUUUCCUUUGCAUAAGGAUCGGCAAAGAAGAAGCAGCCGCGCUGAGCAAAGGCUAUCGUCCAUCCACCCGGAGAGGCUGAAAGAUUUUGGAGAGGAAGAGGAAUUAAACGGGGGAAUGAAGACAUGGGAAAUGAAGAUCGUUAGCCAGGCGGAGGGAAAGUUGAAUGAUUCUGCCACCUGCCCGGAAGUGGCCGUUAGCAAACCGCUUUAUACCACCUGCAAAAAAAUCCAAGAAAUCAAUGCUGCGGCGCUCAAGAUCCAGCAUGGAGUCCUGAAAACCCCGUGCACGUAUUCUAGGCUUUCAAAGCAAUAUGGAAUGGACAUAUAUCUAAAGAAAGAGCUUCUUCAGUACACAGGAACUGCGAAGGAGCGAGGCGUGCUUUACCUUCUGCUGUCCUUAAGAGAGGACCAGCAAAGAAACGGUGUGAUUGUGGCCUCGGACUGCAACUUCUCCAUGGCUGUCGCGUAUCAUGCCUCGGAACUCCACAUUCCUGUCUUUGUCAUCAUGUCUGCUUGCAGCCCGCCAAGCAGGGUGAAAAUGUGUCGUGAGUACGGUGCCAUGGUCAUCUCCUAUGGCUCUACUGUCAGAGACUCUCAGUUACAUGCCAGGAGACUUGCCCAAGAAAACAGCUACUUAUACCUCGAAGAAGAUGAUAGUGCUAUCUACCUAUCAGGGCUGGGGACCAUGGGUAUGGAGAUCUAUGAACAGGUGCCCAAACUGGAUGCAAUGAUAUUGCCAGCAGGGAUUCCCAGUGGAUUGCUGGCCAGCACCUCUGCAGCCUUGAAACAUUUGAACCAACACAUCUUUGUGGUGGGUGUAGAACUGGAGAACAUCCCUGUAAAUCAGCAGUCAUUAAAGACAGGACAACCGAUUCAAGAUCACACCUACAGCCACCCUCAAUUUUACAGAGAAUUGAGUGGUUUUGGCACCAACUCUUUUCAACUGACAGGGAACUGGGUUGAUAAAGUUGUAACGGUGAGAGAAGAGGACGUCUUGAUUUCUAUGCUGAGGUUGCUGGAGUACGAACGUGUUGCUGUUGACAUAGAAGGAGCAAUUGCACUGGCUGCUCUGGUGUCUGGGAAACUGCCAGAGUUAAAGGGCAAAAGAGUGGCUGUUGCCGUCAGUAAUGGAAACAUGGAAUUCCCUCAGAUGAGGCAGUGCAUGGAUCACGCCCUUACUCUGGACAACAGAGUGUGUAAAUUCACGGUCACCAUCACCGAUUGUCCAGGAGAGAUUUCAAAACUGUUGGAGACCUUAGCUCGCGAGGAAGCAAGAAUCUUGGAUAUCAGACAAGAACAGCCAUACAUGAGAGCUGAUUUAUUCACCAGUGAGGUCUCCUGUGUUGUGGAAACGCGUGACAGAAGCCAUACUACUCAAUUAAGAAAGAUCCUCACGGAGCGUUAUCCAAUGAUAACAUGGGUGGAACGGUGAAGAUGACAGCUGACUGAGACGGUCCACUUUAAAAAAAAAACAAUAUGGAAAGCUCAAUAUAUUGCAAGUAGCAUUUCUUUCUAGAACACCUUUAUACUUUGUGAUACAUGAGUGACAGAGCUGACGUACACCUGCCUCCAGAGGUUGCAAUCUAAAAGAACCAUCAAUGUGCAGUGAAUAGCUUUAAGUUUUCCCAAAGCAUAAACCUUGCAAAAUCACAAGUAGCUUAUUUCUUUCAUUCAGGAGAGUUUUUGUUCAGAUCCGUAAAAGGCGUCAAUUAAUAGUUCAUAAUUCCAUCUUUCUCGGUUUAUGGAGAACCAAUAGAGAUGCAGUAUUACUAUAGAGGUUCUACUUGAUGACAAUUCGUAAUUUCUGAGUUAAUCCAAUAUUGCUGUAUCAGUAGUCCAUAAAAAUUACAAGUUAAAAUGUUUACUUUAUCUGUCUACUCACUGUGAAUUAUUUCUGGCACACUUCUAGAAAAAAAAAAAAAAGACCAUCUGUUUUCUUUAACUCUUAGGAGAGUUGACCUUGCAAAUAUAUAUUUUUUUCCAAGUCUGAAUUGUUUUAACCUUUUCUUAAUUUAAAUCAUUUUGGAUCUGGCAAGUACUUUGCAUUAGAACCCAACCUUGCCAGGGCUCAAUUUAAAAUUUUAGGUUUUUAAAGAAAACACUGGACUGCAUUUUGAGUUAGAGGUUGUCGGGUUUUUUUUAAGUAAAAUAUAUUCAGACCUUAAAGCAAGUUGAGUUUAAUCCUAAAUCAUGCAGAUUUGCCUUGUGUUUCAGCUUUGUUGGAAGAAAGAACAAUGAAGGAAAACUAAUAAGCAUUAAUAACUAUUAAGUUGGCUUUCCCGUCAGGAAUCCCACAUUGAUGUAUUCUUGGCAAAAAGUUCAGCCACUUGUCAUCAACCCAUGUUUUGUUUCUCAACACAGAAAGCCAAAGUUUAGCAUCGUUUUCCAAAAUGUGCAGAUAUCUGAGUAAAGGCUGCUGCAUUUUUUCUCACUUAGUCAGAGAUAGCUGACUAGUGGUUGAUGUUGCAAAUACGAGUCAAUUGCAAGAUUUGCUGUUAUGUGUGUGUGUGUGUGUGUGUUGACUAGCAUAAAAUGCACGAACACCAGGAAAUUUAUAAAACUAUAAAAGUUUUAAUGAGAUAAAAUACCAAGCUUUUGCUGGCUACUAUCAGCAUCAUCAGGGUAACUUCCAAUCGAUGGGGGAAGCUAUUUAUGGGUAUGGUGCUCUUUGCGCCUGGCUCCUAGACCUCGUCAUAGGUCCCAACCAAUCCACCUGUGUUUUGGUUGUAAUUUCUGUAUUGCUAGCCAUUGUUUCCUUGCUUUCCUUGCUUGUAUCCACAUCACCACCCUUUCUUCCCUCCACUUAUUUGCAUGACCUGAAGAAUUUUGAAGAUUUUCUUUUUUCCCCUCUAAAAAUCGCUCUCUACCUAAGUAAAGUUUGGUUAAUGCAUUCAAGGGUCCUGAGAAGAUGCAAACCUGUGUCUAUUUAAAAUGUUCUCAAGAUUUUAACUUUAAUUUUUUGGGUUUGGGCUUCUUGCUUCCUCGGUCAAAAGGAUAUUCUGAAGCUGAAUGGAAGCUACUGUAUAAUGUAUUUGUUAGAUUCGUAUUCUGCCUUUUAUACAGGGGUGCAAGGCAGCGUAGCUAUUACUGCCUCUUCCAUUUUUUUCUUGAUAGCCACAAUUCUGUGAGAAGGGCUGUUCUGUCAGAUGCCCUGGUGAGUCAGUUUAUUAGGGCCAAUGACCACAGUUCCUGUUCAAAUUAAAAGUCUGACCAAAUAAAAUGAAAUAAAUAUUGA